AUGGAAAACGAAGGGAGUGCAGGAACGGGAAGCAGUUCUCGUUGGAACCCAACGAAAGAACAAAUAACGUUGCUUGAAAAUCUUUACAAGCAAGGGAUACGAACACCGAGCGCCGAUCAGAUACAGCAGAUCACCGGUAGGCUUCGAGCGUACGGCCAUAUCGAGGUGGGCUGCGUUAGUCCGUACUAUUUACAUCAAGUAAGCGAUCAUCAUAACCAACAUGGAAGUGUAUACAGACAAGAUCUUCACAGUAACAAAGUGAUGCUUCCAAGUGGUGGCUACCAGAAACGCACUAUCACAGAUCAUAAGAAACAUGUUUCAGACAUAACAACAACAACACCUAGAUUGUCUUCGAGUUCACUCAGAUUUGACCGAUUUGCCCUUGGUAAUCACGGUUAUUUUGGUGAGGGCCCCAACGUCAAUACCAAUGGACUGAAGACGCUUCCGCUUUUUCCACUUCAGCCUCUGGAUGCGGCUAAUGACGCUGUUGUUGGAAAUUCCAGUUUUGCCCCUUGUCAUGAUUCUCCGGUGACUUAUUGUGGCGAUGAUGGCGGACAAGAGCAGCCGUUUAUUGACUUCUUCUCUGGUGGUUCUAGUAGGUUCGAUAAUAGUGGAAGCGGGUUGUAA